AUCGAUAGCUAUCGAAGAAGGUAAUGUACCAUCCCCAACCAAUCAGCUGUUUCGCUUGCUUUUCGCCGCCAGAACAAUCCAGUUGGAUCACCGGUGGCCGUUCAGCUGUUGCGUAAUUUGAAAGACACGUUUUUAAGGCCCCAAAAUUCAGCUGUAAUCUACACAGAGUGCCUCAGAUUUUACGUUCGAGCCGAGCAGUACAAGAAACCAGCUCACGUCGCCAUGGCAAAGUAUAUCGCCCAAAUCAUCGUUUUAGGCGCUCAGGCGGUCGGGAGAGCCUUCACCAAGGCUCUGCGUCAGGAGAUCGCUGCAUCCCAGGAGGCGGCACGACGUGCGGGCGGCGGAAAGCAGGGCGACAAGAGCGCCGAGUCCAACCUGCGUACAGGCAUGACGCUAGAGGAGGCCAAGCAGAUCUUAAACGUGGACGAUCCCAAGAAUGUGGAAGCCAUUAUCAAAAACUACGAACACUUGUUCCAGGUGAAUGAACGAUCGAACGGUGGAUCCUUCUAUAUCCAGUCAAAGGUUUUCCGAGCAAAGGAGCGACUUGACCAUGAAAUUAAGGCCCAGCAGCCCCGGCAACCGAAGCAGGAAACGGCGGAAGCGACAGAGGAGGAGCCACAAAGCAGGGCGCGGCAGCGACGUUGAGUAUCCAUAUUGCCUCCCAUCGAACUAAUUAGCUGUUAAUUGAUUUAAAAACUAUUUGUUAAGUACAAAAAAUGAAAGUCUGUUGAUGUAAAUAGAAGUUUACGAACAUGA